AUGGCAAAUUUCAAAACACCUAUACUGAUUUCUGCCCUCGGCAAAAACGCGAGCUCCACCAUUUCACGCCUUGCUUUUCAUACUCCUUACGGUCUUGUGGUCGAGGAAACCGCCGAUGGCGUUUUCGAUGUUAGGCUUUCCAACCCCCCCAGCAACAGCGAACAAGCGACGAAGUCAAAUCCCAGCCAGCCGGGCUACCGAUAUUAUUUCUGGCCGGACUACCAAUUAGCUUUCGUAUUUUAUGAACUGGACUGGGCCGGAAACCCCGAGGACGAAUCGCACGUGGACGACGAGGUGUUGGAGGAACGGUAUGGCAAAGUGUGGUUCCAGGCACUGGACGACUGGGUGAAGAGAUACGAACAGGCUUUCGAGCGGGAAGAUUGCAAACCCGACAGUCAUGAAGCGCUUUUCCCGGAUCCGACGGACCGCCUUGCCUGGGAUCUGGACCGCGUGUUAUUGGCGGCUUGGCUCGCAUUGCAGCCCGGUGUGGACAGCGUGGAAGUGCAGGAUGACGGUGGAAGAAAGGAGCUGCUCUUGGAAAAGGAGGGAAUUGGAGAGACUUUGGGAACGUAUUUGCGGGGGUUGUGA